AUGGCGUUUGCAAUUAGGGCUUUAUGGGCAGUGAGAAAGAGUUGCAGACGAAUUCCUCACUUCUUCCCAAAUCCUCACCCAUCAUUUUUCUGCAAACAUGCACAUUCAAAUUCAAAUUCAGAUUCAAAUCCCCUUCUCCUCAAAUUGCUUCAGGUACCCACCUCACGCAUCAAACGGACACUGGAUCAGGAAAUGCCUUCUCUUCAAAGCUCACACAUUUCCUGGGACUUUCUUGUUACCUCUCUCUCCCCUUCUUCUUCAAACAAAGCGCGAUUGGUUUUGGAAUGGAUUUUGGAGAAGAUGCUGAAAGAAAAUGCAAAAGACCGUGAUCUGUUCUCCAAACUCAUCUUUCUAUGUGGAAAGGUGAAGGACGUACCGCUAGGAAUGCGCGUGUUUAGUUCUAUGGAGGCUACUGGAGUUAAACCCAAUUCCCUGGUUUUCAAUUCCCUUAUAAGUGUUUGUUUGUCUUCAUAUAAUGUUACCACAGGAGUUAGUUUAUUUGAGAUCAUGGAGAGUUCAGAGAGCUAUAAACCUGAUUUUCAUACUUAUAAUAUCUUUAUUUCAGCAUUUUCCAAGUCAGGGAAUGUUGAAGCCAUGUUAGCUUGGUACUCGGCAAAAAAAUCUGCUGGAUUUGGUCCUGAUCUUCAAAUGUUUGAAUCCCUUAUAUCUGGUUGUGUUAAUUCUAGAAAAUUUGAGAUUGCCGAUACAAUUUUUGAGCAAAUGAUGACUUCUGGAAUUGUACCUAGUGCACCCUUACUGGACAGUAUGCUUAAUGGGAUUUGCAAGCAGAAGAGAUUGGAUCGAGCCGAGGAGUUUUUCAAGUUUAUGAUAGAUUCGGGAUGGGAAAUAAACGAGAACAUGGCUGAUAAGUUAGUAGCAUUGUAUCAUCAACAAGGGAAAGUUGAAGAGAUGGAAGCCCUACUUGAAACUUUAACAAAACCCUGUGUAAUUACUACUGGUGUUCUUACCCGAAUUCAUUGUGGGAUUGUGAAGAUGUAUGCCAUGUUAGAUAGAUUGGAUGAUGUAGAGUUUUCUGUGGGUAGAAUGCUUAAACAGGGGCUGUCAUUCACAAAUGCAGAUGAUGUUGAAAAGGUCAUCUGUUCAUACUUUAGAAGGGAAGCUUAUGAUAGACUAGACAUAUUCUUGGAAUGUAUAAAGAGUAGCUAUGUGCUCAAGAAAUCAACUUAUGACUUAUUGAUAUCUGGCUAUAAAAGAGCACACUUGGUUGAAAAAGUAGAUAGUGUGAUUAAAGACCUGAAAUCAGCUGGAUUAGCAUGA